UCUCCGGAACGAUAGUUUUUGGCGGGAUGUGUCAGUAGGCGAACAAACAACAUUCUACGGCUCCUAAAAAUUCCACUUUUUAUUGAAUUUUACUUGAUAUUUUAGAACAUUUUAGUGCUAUUUGUCUUCCCAAGAGUGCAUUUGUUGAGAUUACAGUGAAUUUACAAAAAAGUGAAAUGCCUGGAGAAGAGACAAAGAGGACAAAGGCAUCACCAGUUCCAUCACCGAACAUGGGUAAGAAACUCGUCCAGACGCGACUACCCUUUAAGAUUCUCAGCCCUGGUGGCACCAACAAGUCAGAUGGUACCCCAAAGCGUAGGCUCUCAUCUCCUGUCACGGAAGAUCGUGCUCCCAAAGUCCUGAAAACGACGGAAGAUGAAGAAGUUGAGUGUGUGGAAGAUGCUGAGGAAUUUUCCGAUCCGGAUGCUAUCAUUGUCAUCCACGAUGAGGAAUCCUUAGAGAGGAACAAUCGCAAAGACUCCAAGAAUGUGGAGGGAGGUAGUUCUGAAGAGAAGGAUAAAUCUUCUGAAGGGAAUGAGAACAAUGAUGAAGAAGAUUCAAAGGGAAUUCUGAUAAAAUUCCCUUUUGCUAGGAAGAAUAAGGGUGGUGAGGUUAGGGAGCCAGAGCCAAAGAAGCCCAGGGGAAGGAGAAAGAAGUCGAAGAAAGAAGGGAAAAAGGAGGAUCCUGAGGAGAAGAAACCCGAAGUUGAGGAGAAGAAGGAAGAAUCUGAAGUGGUUGGAAUUUCUGUUGAGGAUCCGGAGGGUGAAGUGGCUCAAAAUGACAGUAAACCUCAUGAAGAGGAAGUCAUUGAAAUCCCAGAAAAUCUGGAAGAGAAAAUUCCUGAAGAGGAAUCCAAGAAGGAAGAUGAGCAGGAAGUUGAGAAAUCCUCCGAAGAUGACAAGGAUUCAGGAACAGCAGCUUCAGAAGAGGAUUCAGGAGAGGAAAAGUCCAAUGACAUUGAAAUGAUCUGCGAUGAGAAAUUGAGCAGAUCUUCCGAUGGGGACAAUCAGGCGUCUUCUGUGGAGACUCCGCCCAGGAAACGGGCCAAGGAAGAGUGCAAGACUCCUUCUCAACCGGAGGAUUCUGUGAAGAAAUUGACUCCGAAGCAACUGGAGAGGCAGAAGGAGAUGGAAAAGCGCCGCCAGGAGAGACUGGCAGAGAAAUUGUCCAGGAAGAAGAAGCAGGAAGAGGAAAAAGAACAGAAGCGGAAAGAGAAGGAAGAGCAGAAGAAGAAGGAGAAGGAAGAGAAGGAAGAACAGAAGAAGAAGGAGAAAGAAGAGAAGGAGAAGAAGCGCCUGGCAGAGCUGGAAGCGAAGAAUGAGGAGAAACGUGCAAAAGAGGAAGAGAAGCGUCAGAAGGAAGAGGAGAAACGUCAAAAAGAAGAAGAAAAAAAGAAGAAGGAUGAGGAAAAGCGUCAAAAAGAAGAGGAAAAGCGCAAGAAGGAGGAAGAGAAGAAGGAAGCGGCAAAAAGGGCUUCAGAUAACUUCAUGAAGUUCUUCAAGCCAAAAUCCAAACCCUCCCCGGCGACUCCUGCGACUGAGGACAAGGAGAAUUCCGCUGCUGACGUAAAGACUUCAGGACCACGCUUUAUGCCCUUCUGCGUGAAGCCUGACAUGAGAUUGGCGCCAAAUAUUCGUCGUAGCCUCAGAGAUGACGAAAAAACUCUCCUGGACCGUGUCCUUUCUGAAUGUCCUGACCAGGAGAAGCUGUACUUGAAGGAAUUGAAUACUCAGGACCGUGCUCCCGGAAAGAGCGGAAAGACCUGGCCACAGGAAGAUGAUUCAGACGAAGAUGUUCAAUUAUUAGUCAACUUUUCAGACGAUGAGGGCCAGAAGAUCGAAGAGAUCAAACCCACCAUCAAAUACCGAGUCAAGUUCCUGUCCUUCCACGAAAAUCAGCGUCCUCCGUACUACGGAACCUGGAGGAAGAAGAACGUCAAGCUCAGUGCCCGGAAUCCCUUUGCAAAGGACGAGAAAAUUUUCGAUUACGAGGUGGAUUCCGAUGAUGAAUGGGAAGAGGAGGAGCCUGGAGAAUCUCUGCAUGGGAGCGAUGAUGAGAAGGACAAGGAAUCCGAGGAUGACUACGAAGUGGACAAUGAUUUCUUCGUCCCUCAUGGGCAUCUCAGUGACGAAGAGAUGCAGAAUGAGGAUGAAAUGGAUGAAGACAAUUCUCCGGAGAUGCAAAAGGCCAAGCUGAAGCUGCUGCAGCAGGAAUUUGCGGAUGAGAUGAAGAAGAAAACGGAGAAGCUGAAACCUCGGCUCAUUGGUUGCGUGUGGCAGAGUGAGAGUGGAGAAAAGCCUCCAAGUUGCUCUGAAGUGAUUUGGAGGCUUCUCUCGGCCAGCAAGAUGCUCUUCAGUGGACCAAUCAUUCUCAAGGGGGACUCUGUGAGUUCCUCAGCUUCUCCCAGCAGAGAUGACGAUACUCCGGCUCCUGUGAGUGUGAAGAAGCGUAAGAAGCUCCAUGAGGAUGAUGUCAAGAGUCUGAUCCAGUUGGUUCAUGGGAACUGCCACAAUGGACGUUUCCUGGUGGAAGAAUUCCUGGCCACGAGAGCCAAACAGAAGGAGGGCCAGGAAGUUGGGGAAGUGACAAAGGUUGGUCUCAAGAGGAAGCUCAGAGAAGUGGCUGAGUGGAAGGUUUGUCCGGAAGCUGGUGUAAUGCAGGGAAGAAUGUGCUGGUAUGUUCAUCCGGAAAUCAGAGAGAAAUACGGAUUGCAGGACUUGACACUUCCCAACACGUGGAAGUACACACUUCCGCCAAACAAGAGGAUUGAAGAAAUCCCCAUGGAUCAGAUUCCAAUGCCAGUUCCAGUUGAGAAGGACGCUGCAGGGGAUCAGGAGGAAAAGAUACUUCCGCCGAAGAAGAAAGUGGCUCUUCUGAUGUCAGUGCCUCGUGGUCAGGCAUUUUCGCCAACCACAAAGAAUCAGCUUAUCAGUCAGUUCCUGAAGAAGCCCAAACCCGAAGAGGAGAAGCCUCCGGCUCAGGAAAGUGCCCCAACAGAGAUCAUAGAGUUAGACUAGGUAAAUCAUUCGCUUUUACGUCCUAUUUUAAUCCCCGCGAAAUUGCAUUAAGUUCUUUGCUUUCGAAGAGGAAGUUGAUGACAAAAUAUUUUCUUCCACAUUUUUUUUUAAUGAAUAAAUUAUGCAAUUAGAAAGA